AUUUUUGUAAUCGUUUUUCCUGUGCAUAGAAGUGUCUGGACAUAACAUAUGCUUGGUAAAGUAAAUUAAGCCUCUGUACGGGAUGUUGUACUUGUACCUGCAAUUUUAUCUCCACCAAGGGGACAUAUCUGAUAAAACAAUGUCAAUUUUGAUAAGGUCUUUUUGCAAUUUUUGUUUCGAUGUUGUUUUGCUUAUCUUUUUCUGUUGUUCUGUUGCUAUCUCUUUGCUUGAAUAUUUGCUGGUUUAUUUCUUUUGUUUAAUUAAAUUUCAGCCUGCCUUGUUUCUUAUGUCGUCCUUACCCUUUUGAGCAAAUCUCAGCUUGAAGUUUUUUCUAAAGGUUGUUCUUAUAGGGAAGGAGAAAUUAGUGAACGAAGCUGUCGAGUGUUGAGAUAGCAGACCUGUAUCAUGUACAGCCACAUUACGUCAGAUAGGAACAAAAAUGUGGAUGCAAAGAUGAAAGGAAGAAAGGAGGCACAGGGGGCACGUUCCUUUUCAGAAACAGGGGUAAAGUACCUACUUGCAACUCACAGAGAUGCCCCUUUUUGCAUAGACGUGUCCCCUCCCAAAAGUUCCUCGCUAUCAUUUGAUUAGGUCAUAUCUGAUAAAUUUUGCAAGAUCUUGUGAUCCACCUGUUAAAAUAUAUCUUUCAAUUGUCGCUCAUCGUCUGCUUGUCGUCAGUUUUGACACCAAAAAGAACGUGGACAGCAAUCACCACCUUGAGCUCAGUGGGAUUGCCCAAUGUUCAUGGAUGAAGCAAGAAUUGAUCUUAUGUAAAUAUCUUCUAUGCUUGCUGCAGCCAUUUUGUGCAUCAGAUGCCAGAGCCAUGAGUCGUUUUUUGCUUUUUCUUCUUUUUGCUGCCGUUCAAUGUCGCAAUAUAGAUGAUAAGCAUAGAGCUACCAUGGAUAUUAUUGCAGACAUCAACAAAGCUUAUGGAACGUCAAGAAACAACCAAAUUGUUGACGGGGACAUCAUGAUACCUCGUGUACACCGCAAUCGAAGAAACGUGGUGAACAAGGAAAACUUACUCUGGACAGCAAAACAAAUACCUUAUAAGAUCGAUGCCUCAGUUUCACCUCUUGCAAGAAUUUCAAUCAGUAACGCCAUUGCCGAAAUUGAGAAAAACACGUGUAUUAGAUUCAGCCAACAAGAACCAACAGAUGAGCACGGGGUCAAGUUUGUGCAAGGCAAAGGAUGCUGGUCUAACAUCGGACGACGGGUGUCACCUGGUAAAAGUUACCAAGAGUUGUCACUUGGACCUGAGUGCUUCUCCAAAGGCAUUAUUCUUCAUGAGCUGAUGCACACCCUUGGAUUCUUUCAUGAACACUCAAGAUAUGACCGAGAUAAUUACGUCACAGUUAACUGGAACAACAUUAAGCCAUCCAACUACCAACUUUUUGAACUGGUAGACCCAUCAGUGAGCGAUUUUGGUGCCUUUGCCUAUGACCUUAACAGCCUAAUGCAUUAUGGGAACUUGGCGUUUUCAAAGAAUGGCAAGCCAACUCUUCAGGCAAAAGGAGACCAAACAAAGAUCCUUGGACGGACGGGAUCUUUAAGCCAAAAGGAUAUCGAAAAGAUUAAUCGAAUGUAUCGUUGUCAAGAAACCACCCCUGAAAGCAACUGGAGUAAAUGGUCUGCAUGGGGACAAUGCAUGGGUGAUGGCAAGCGCAGCCGAAUGAGGCAUUGCAGGAACCUGGAAGCUGCCUUAUGCGGUGAUGCCAGUGGAAAUGGCUUCGAGAUCCAAAAGAGACCUUGCUGAGGUAACCCUGUAUGUGCAGACAAUUCUUUGAUAUCUAUUGAGAAAAUUAUUUUAUGAAGUUAAAUUCAUAUAAAAUUUCUGAAAGGUU